UUAAUAAAGCAGUGUUUGAUUGAGGUAACAUUUACAUUUGAAUAUUGUAUAAUAUAUACAAUACAAUGUUGCAUUCAGUGAUUUUUGUUUAGCUCCAUGGGCCCCGUUGUAAAAAAAAAAUGCUAAUGCUUCAUGACACUCCCAGCUGUUUGGGUUCUUUGGAGUAGAAUUAAGGACAUGUACACGGUUGCACACAUGUGCAUUGUAUAUAUUAGACCACAAUUUCAACCUUAUAGAUUGUUAAUGGCGUUUAAAUUGCAUGGCUUUCUACAGUCUGAAAUGACUUGCUUUAUAUUAAUUUGCCUAAACUAUGCACUUCAAAUUAUUUGAUAAAAUGUAUGUGCAUGUCAUAACAUUGUACUUUUUUCUUUUUUUUUUUUUUUUUUUAAUAUGCAUGUAAUCUCUAAUUACACUGUUGAUCCAUCCUUAACACACCUCUGAACCUGUCCUUAACCUCUGCUUUAUCCCACCUCAGUAGCAAACGUGUUACCUACAUAGUAGUUAAGGCCACUUAAUGUAAAGCGGCACCAAUAACACUUAAAAUUAAGUUAAAUUACAUUAGGAUUUGUUUUUUAUUUAUUUGAAAGCAUGUUUUGUCGUUUUAAUUAGUUGAUAGUUAUGUUAAUGUCUUUCAGGUCGCGUAGUUGAGCAUUACAGGAUAUUAGUUGUUAACCAAAAAAGUGCUAUGAUGAGAAUCGUAUAAUAAUGCAUGUCCGAAACAAACACCUCUAAACUGUUUGUGAACUCACAUUUUUAACAAACAGUUAAUUCUUCGUGAAGCUAGUAGAGAACGCGGCAGUGCCGUGCUGCAUUACCUGUGUGUGUGUGUGUGUCAUGGGUGGACCUUAUAAAGUUACACACACACACACACCUGAUUCAGCCUGAGCUGCUGCAACCUGCGAGAACAGAAGUUUCAGCCGAAGAUCAUGAGUUUACCGGAUUAUAAAUCGUCUGGAAAGCAGUCUUCAGCGCCGGUGCAGUCGAAACCCCAAGUUGUGCAGCUGAACAUUGGAGGCCAUGUCUUCAGCACCACGCUGGGAACCAUCCGUAAAUUCCCGAACUCCACGCUGGCGGACCUGUUCAACGGAUCGACCAAACGCACGGACUCUGAGGGCCGCCGCUCCGUGGACCGCGACGGGACCCAUUUCAAGCACGUCCUGGAGUACCUCCGAACGGAGAGGCUCCCGAGCGAACACCUGCAGGAGGUGCACAGGGAGGCGCUUUACUACGACAUCAAACCUCUGGUCAAAGCCAUCGAGGAGACGCCGCAGUUCUUCGGGGAGACGGUCGGGAGACAGCAGUUCUUGGCCCGCGUGCCGAAUUAUCGAGAGAACCUGGAGGUGAUCGUGCGGGUGGCCAGAGCCGAGGCCGUCGCCUCGCGCUACUCCAAUAUAAUUGUGUGCGUUGUGAGGACAGAAGAUGAUUUAGCCAGAUACACCGAUGCUAUCGACAGCCUCGGCACCCCGAGAGAGUCCGUGGUGAGCUUUGGUCCGUGGAAAGCUCCCGUGUCGGUGGAAGACCUGUUAGACUGCGUCAAAAUGGACAUAGAAGCCAGAGGAUAUAAAGUAAAGAUCCAACCGCACAGCACAGACAAAGGGUUUCUCUUCAAGAGCUACGACUUCUUCUAUAAAUUGAUUUUCACUUGGUGGUGAAGAAUGUCAGUCUCCGGUUCACGACCCGCACACAGGGCCUUAAAAAGUGAAGUUUUACGUAUUAUGCGAUCAGCUUAUCGACAAAUUCAACAUUGACAGCUCCUCGGCUUUCGACAGCUGUCAAUCAUGUGCGAUGGUGUUCUUAUCUGCCAGUAUCUGUUAAACCCUUGUUUAAUAUUGACUCUAGUUGAACGAUCCUGGCCUUUGGCUUAAAAUAGCCACCUGCAUGGAUGUGUGGUUUUUAUCUUUUUUUUUUGUGGCAUGCUUUGGAACAGAAUAUUAUUUUGACUAAUCUGUUUGUAUGCAAUCGGUAUAAUUUAGGUAAAUGCAUAGUUUUAGAUGCUGCAGGAAUAUUUUUGUCUUG